GCAAUGCGUAAACAAGAACUGGAAAGUCCUCCGCCCCCUUCCCCAUAUCAUCUCAAAUGAAAGCAGUUCCGUAUUCUGUGCCGCUACUACAACCAUCACUUUCAACAGCCCAAAUUCGUUCAAGCCUGUUUGUAAAAAUCAAUGCGCAUCAUCAACAUGGACCCAUGAUGUGUAGAAGGUCUGUCUUAAAGGCAUGUUUAAUUUCCCAUGAUGUCAUGAAGGAAGAGAAGACCAGGGGCCCUUCAGCAGAAUACUGCAGUUGAGCCACAGAUUGGUUGAAACUGCAUUCCACUUCAUCCUUACACCAUCUGUUUUUCCCUCAUCCCCCCCUUUGGAAUCUUAACAAUGACAUCACAUAGGAAACACCUGGUGAGGGACUUCAACCAUUUCAUCACCUGUUAUAUCUGUAAAGGAUACUUGAUCAAGCCCACCACCGUGACCGAGUGCUUGCACACCUUUUGUAAAAGCUGUAUAGUCCAGCAUUUUGAGGACAGCAAUGAUUGCCCAAAAUGUGGUAUCCAGGUUCAUGAAACAAAUCCCUUGGAGAUGUUAAGGCUGGACAACACUCUAGAAGAAGUCAUUUUCAAACUUGUGCCUGGUCUUAGAGAUAAGGAAGAGCAGCAAGAGGUUGAAUUCUGGAAAAGAAACAAGUCGAAAGAAAGUCCUGAUGAGGAUGGCCCUAUGUGUAAGAAGGCCCGAAUGGAUGAUGAUGAUGAUGUUAAAGGUGAUGGAGACUACCACAGGAGUGAUCCACAGAUAGCCAUCUGUCUAGACUGCUUGCGCAACAAUGGGCAGAUGGGAGAGAACAUUGUUAAGGGCUUAAUGAAAAAAUUUAUUCGCUGCUCAACAAGAGUGACUGUUGGAACAAUCAAGAAGUUUUUAAGUCUGAAGUUAAAGCUUCCCAGUUCUUAUGAGCUAGAUGUUCUAUGCAAUGGUGAGAUCAUGGGUAAAGACCACACCAUGGAGUUCAUCUACAUGACCCGCUGGAGGCUUCGGGGAGAAAAUGCCUACCCAAUGGUACUUGAAUAUCGACCACGCAUUGACUUUGGCUAGGUUGAAAUAUCCUGCACUAAUUUCAGCCUAUCAACAGACAGCGAAUUGAAUGGACAUGUUCAGUUCUGAAGAUAUACUCUACCCGUCUCUUCUGUUUAAUUACUUUAGCUCUUUUUAUUGGGAUCAGUUAGUGCACUGAAGCUUGUGACACUUACCAUGUGCCACAGGGAGUUACCAAAGUGACACAAAAGUCAUGUUUAAGGGCCUUCAGCAAUUUCUAUCUGAUGGCGUCUUCUUUUGGGAAAAAACAGUCACAAGAUAUAAAAAUCUCAAGUGUAUGCAGUAGUGCCUUUUCCCAUACAUAAACUUAUUAAGAGCUUCUGUAGACAGAUGUUUUAUAAAGAUUUAUAGAGGUGUUUUAAAGAUUUUUUUAGGCUCCAAAGAAGGAAUACAGGUUUUGAAAAACAUAAUGGUGAGUAAAUGACAGAAUGUUCAAAUUUAGUGGCUUAAUAUUAUUUGUCUCCUGAUGUUUAAAGCUUUGGGCUGGUUCAGAGCCUCUAAAAUCCUCCAAGGGUGUUAAGUUGAUCCUGUUUUUGAUUUUGCCCACUUAAGGGAUUUUAUUUAUUAUAGGCCAUACCUCUGUGCUCACACAAAUGCCUUUUCUUUUGGGGGCUUUGGUGACUUCUCUGCACAUGUGCCUCAUUUUUUUAAAAAUAAAAGUGAAAUUAACUUAGCUAAACACGUUGAGUAGAGGUUUUACAAUGUCAUACUUCCCUGGCAUACUAAUUGAGAGAAAAAUUUAGCUUUAUUGUCACUGUGUCAUUAUUUUGAUUUAUGGUUGACAGGUAAUGAGUUAAAAGAUUUCUCACAAUUUGUAAUACUCUGGAGUCAUGCUUGCCUGUUUUAUGUCAGAAUACAAUUUUAUAUCAGUAAAUCAUGAAUCCACAGUAGUCCAAAGACAAAAAUGUCAAAAUAAAGGAAAUAUUCAUAGUUUAUUCUUGCAAAAUAAAAUAAAAGCAUUAGUUUGUCCUCAUACACAGGCUUCAUUACAGUAUAUUUGUCAAGUCAUAUUACACCAAAGACACUCUACAUCAUCUGACCACAUGGGAUACAUGCUAAAAGCUCUUUGUCUUACCUGUACUUACGAACACAAAAAUAAAACUUGAAUUUCUGUGCAUGGAACAAAACUACCUAAUUUCUUAAAAGUUGAAAAACAAUAUUCAAUAUUUCCCCCACCCCCAGUAUUUGUGUUUUUUUUUUUUUUUUUUUAAAUGUCUUCACAAAUCUUCACAAAUCCUGAAAAAUUACGUCUGAUAGAAUCACACGAAUUCUGUUUAGAAGAAAUCUUAAGCAACAAUCAUGGUCCUUUAAAAAUAUAUAUAUUUUUAGUUUUCACAUUAAUGAAGUUGACAUUGAAGUAUAAAAUAUUGUCUUUAAACAGACGCUGAAUAAUAUGUGUUUAGAAUAGACCCUUGAAUGUCCUUGUGCUGCAAUGAUCUAUAUGUAUUUUUGUAAGAAGCCCUUGUAGAUAUUUUAUCUUUAAAAAUGGAAAUAUAUGUUGAAUGUUUAACAAACAUCAAAUGCUGCUUAGAAUAAUCUAUUCUGUUUUUCAGUGUAAAGUACCUGAGGUGAUUCCUUUAGAGAUUACAAAUGUAUAUAUGACAGUUAUUGUAUUUGUGUGUCUUUGUUCAGAAAAAAUACACUCAUGAAUAUUGA